ACGGCUCAGGAGCUUCACAAGGGAGCGAUCGAGAAAGUUUCCAUUCCUGGAGUUUCUGUUGUGCAAAGAAGUGAGCAGGGGUUUCCGAGCACCCCGCUGUCGCUGGCGAGAGCAUAUAGGAGCAUCAGGGCACUACCGCAGGCUGACGUGGAUCACUAUUUACCGUACCCACGUCAUCUUAAUGUCAGCCACAUGUCGUUAGGACAAAGAGCAAUCGUGAUCUCGAAGAAAUUGGUGUCCAUAAGAAUGGACAAAGUGUCUCUCUGCCAGAUUCCUUAUUGCUGUAUCUCAUGAGCCUACUUGAUCUUGAGGAGGAACCGUGUUUAGUGAUGACAAGCCUGUCUUCAGUGUAGCAACGAAAAGGAGGAGGGCCACAAAUAAAGAAGUAUUUAGAUUUCUACUCAACAAGGAAGAGAUCUCCGUCAACAACCUCUGCUGGAUUACCUUUUCCCAAGAUGAACCGAUACACCACCAUGAGGCAGCUGGGCGACGGCACUUAUGGGAGUGUGCUUAUGGGCAAGAGCAAUGAGUCUGGGGAGCUGGUGGCAAUCAAGAGGAUGAAGAGAAAGUUCUAUUCUUGGGAUGAGUGUAUGAACUUGCGAGAAGUUAAGUCCCUGAAGAAACUCAAUCAUGCCAAUGUGAUUAAACUAAAAGAAGUUAUCAGAGAAAAUGACCAUCUUUAUUUUAUAUUUGAAUAUAUGAAAGAAAACCUCUAUCAGCUAAUGAAAGACAGAAACAAACUGUUCCCUGAGUCCGUCAUCAGAAAUAUUAUGUAUCAAAUACUGCAGGGGCUGGCAUUUAUCCAUAAGCACGGCUUUUUUCACAGGGACAUGAAACCUGAAAACUUGCUCUGCAUGGGUCCAGAGCUAGUGAAGAUUGCUGAUUUUGGACUUGCAAGAGAAUUAAGAUCACAGCCACCAUAUACUGACUAUGUGUCUACCAGAUGGUACCGUGCUCCUGAAGUCUUACUGAGGUCCUCGGUGUACAGCUCUCCCAUUGAUGUGUGGGCCGUGGGAAGUAUAAUGGCCGAGCUAUAUACAUUUAGACCACUUUUUCCAGGGACAAGUGAAGUUGAUGAGAUCUUUAAAAUUUGCCAAGUGUUAGGGACUCCCAAAAAAAGUGACUGGCCAGAAGGAUAUCAGCUUGCAUCCUCCAUGAACUUCCGCUUUCCCCAGUGCAUUCCCAUAAACCUAAAAACUCUCAUUCCCAAUGCCAGUAGCGAGGCUAUUCAGCUUAUGACAGAAAUGCUGAGCUGGGAUCCAAAGAAACGACCAACCGCAAGCCAGGCAUUGAAACACCCAUAUUUUCAAGUCGGUCAGGUACUGGGUCCGACGGCACACCAUCUGGAUUCAAAACAGACUUCACAUAAGCAGCUGCAGCCUCUAGAGCCAAAGCCAUCUUCCUCUGAACGGGAUCCUAAGCCUUUGCCAAACAUACUUGAUCAGCCUGCCGGGCAGCCCCAGCCAAAACAGGGCCACCAACCACUGCAGACCAUUCAGCCACCACAGAACACAGUGAUUCAGCCACCCCCAAAGCAGCAGGGUCACCAGAAGCCACCACAAACGAUGUUCCCAAGUAUCGUCAAAUCCGUACCAGUGAAUCCAGUCAGCACACUGGGCCAUAAGGGAGCCCGGAGACGGUGGGGUCAGACAGUCUUCAAGUCUGGAGACAGCUGUGACAACAUGGAGGACGACUUAGGGGCCUCCCACUCCAAGAAGCCGAGCAUGGAUGCCUUCAAGGAAAAGAAGAAGAAGGAGUCCCCAUUUCGGCUUCCACAUUCAGGACUCCCAGUCUCCAACCACUUGAAGGGGGAAAAUAGGAAUUUACAUGCAUCUGUUUCCUUAAAAUCUGAUCCAAACUUGUCAACUGCUUCAACGGCUAAGCAGUACUAUUUGAAACAAUCAAGAUACCUUCCAGGUGUGAACCCCAAGAACGUGUCUUUGGUAGCUGGAGGCAAGGAUAUAAAUUCACACUCUUGGAAUAAUCAGCUAUUUCCUAAGUCGCUGGGAUCCAUGGGGGCGGACCUUUCUUUCAAGAGGAGUAACGCAGAAGACAGCAUAAUUAAACCGAUUGAAAACCUGUCGUGCACUGGAAAGUCUGCUGAGCGGCUAGAGGACCCACAAGCAGGAAACCUUGGGAGCUACACCACUUACAACCAGACGGGAUACAUGCCUUCCUUUCUCAAGAAAGAAGUGGGAUCAGCUGGCCAGAGGAUCCACUUGGCACCUCUUGGUGCAUCGGCUUCGGACUAUACCUGGAGCACAAAAACUGGGCGAGGCCAGUUUUCGGGACGAACUUAUAAUCCCACAGCCAAAAAUCUCAAUAUUGUGAACCGCACACAGCCAGUUCCCUCGGUGCACGGGAGGACAGACUGGGUGGCUAAGUAUGGAGGCCACCGGUAGGAGAGGUGGAAGCCCUGAAGCAUUGCUCCGUAGAGGACGAUCAAGCCCCUUGAUCCUGGGAGCCGUCUACAGAGCCUAUUUCUACCUAGUUCCAUAAGACGCACACAACCGUGGGCGCCUCAAAGAGCGGAAGUCAGCUCCGGAUCUCUUCCUUUCCCGGAAAUGCAAUGCAUUUUCUUAACUUGUGGCCAGCAGUGCUGACGCAGCACCAUGCUGAGACUUUUUGAGCGGGACUUUAAAGAGUAUUGAAUAAAUUAUUUGCCAAAGUA